AUGGCCUAUCUCGCUCUAUUAUGGAAGGCCAGAACAAUAGAAAAAUAUCGUUUGAACUACGAAAAGGAGAAAUUGAAUUCUAUUAGGAUAAAUAACGCGCAAAAUCCAAAGAAAACAUUGUACCAAAAAUGGUGUCAUAUAAACCUAAAUACAAAAAAGCGGUUAUCUAAAGCAUUUUUACGCUAUUACCCUAAAGGCUCAAAAGUGUAUAACUUUUUCUACUACCUCCGAACGGAUCAGACAUUUCCCAACUUUGUACUGAAAAGUGUGAUUGGAUUUGUGGGUGGCAUAAUUAUGACUUACCUUUGCUUCAUGUUCUUCGUUUUCCAAUUGUCUAUCUCUCUCAUUUACGCGACGAUUAUGAGCUCUAUUAUCGGCGUCCUGCUCACUCUUGGAUUGGCUUUCAGUUAUAGAGUCAGAUGCCUGGUCUUCCUCCUCAUCCCUCAGUUCUUCUCCCGGGUAGGCAGGUAUACCCUGACAUGCUACGUGUUAGUGCUGAUCCUCACGGGACCCGCUACCAAUACGCUGAAGAACUCAGAAGUCUUGUCUGAAUCGCUGGCGUGUGGGCAGGAACAAGUUAAAACCAGCAUGCGUCAAAUCAACGACUGCGUGAAGAAACCUUUCAACUCUAUGAAAGACAACAUAAGGUUGAUAGUCGAUAGCGUGAAACUUUUGGCUAAGAAGCUGAAACACAUGGUAGUCGUAUUAAAUCGUAUGGUGAUGAGUUUGGCUGCCUCGCUCCAAUCAAGCUUCGCCUGGUUGAAUUCAGCGGCGGAAUGCUGCAACAGGAGGCUUGGCACGCCAUACGACCGCUGCCAAAAAGCCAUAGGGGAAUCUCUUUGGGGAUGCCAGGCAUACCUCGGUCCUGAUUACUCGUGGCUCUGCAGUGUGGCUAAAGUGGCCAACGCGGUCUGCUGGCCAGUGCAACCUAUGAAAGGGUUCUGUUACGUCAUCGAAUACGCCAACAACAACGUCCUCGGGGUUGUCAGUAAGAAUCUUAAGAAAUUCUCUGAUCGGAUCAACUCAAUCCUACAAGUAGAUGUACAGUUCCAUCAUUCGUACUCGCUAAGCAGCAACGCUAGCCGCUCCGCCAGCCAGGUGGCUGCAGGCAUCGUGACCGAGAUCCGUAACAGAGCUGAUCCGUUGCUGACUUGGCUCUCUUGGAGCUCGUGUGUCACCAGCUUGUCCCUGCUGCUUAUCAUAUUCAGAGCGAAACACUACCAGCACAUGUUCGAAACGAGAUCUCGUUUUGACAACCGCUAUGUGACGAAGGAGCUGCGAGAUUUGGAUUUGAAGAGGCUUCGACAAGGAAAGGCGACGGUGCUGCCCCUAAACAGGAGGGAAGACGGGAAAUACAUCAAAACAACUUCAUUCCGCCUAGUGUCAUCGGAGAAGGUGCACCUCAGCCGGUCUGUGGUGACGAUGAUCAUCACGACGUUCAAGCUGAUGAUCCACAUGGUAGCCGACUACAGCCUGUACUGGGUGCUGAUGACCAUACGCUACCAUGGCCGGUUUCAGACACCGACACCACCUGGGGUUCCUAAUGCAGGCGUCUAUGUGUCUGGUUCAGGAUUGAUCUCCAAAAUAUUGAGGUCUCUAGUGGGGUCAAUUAGUCUUCCUCUAGACUCCCACCUGCCGUCUCCAGUAACCUGUCUCCCUAACCCAUCUCCACCCGACUUCCAGCGGUACAUUCAGAUCGGGAUCCUCAUCUUCCUGUUAUGGUUCUUCGCCCUGUUCGAGCCCUAUGGUCUUCGACUUCGUCACGUCAUCAUGGGCCUCUACAGCCCCGAGAGAGCAAAGGCCAGAGCUGUUUGGCUGUACAACCAUAUACAAAGGACUAGAGGAUGUUUCAUGAAGUUUGCUAGAAGGAAGCUGCAUCGACAGUACAAAUAUCUGACGGAGGAACAGUAUACGAUUCGUCGUUGGCUCAACUCUCAUAUACCUUGUGGCACCCCAAGUUGUCCAGGGACGUUCUGUAGGAAGUGUUUCUCAGACAUUGGAGAGAUGUGCACCAUAUGCAUGUCUCCAGCUGACUACGGCGACAUGAGCGACGUCAGUUUGGAGAAAGAUUCUUCUGAUGAGGAUGACAUCGAUGAAGGUGAAGAUGAUGAUGGUGACGACGAUGAUGAUGAUCCGUUCCCAGGAGACUCAUCCUUGGCUGACGACAAUCUUGACCAUAGUUUCGCAACAGAUUUUGAUGAUGGAUUUAUACCCAGGAAUGAUGUUACCAGAAAAAGAAAAUGGUUCUUUUUCCCAAAAGAGAACAGAGAUAGCGAUUUAGAAAAAGGAACUUCUAAACAAGACAUUCAUGAUGAUCAUGAUAAAGAAACAGCUCAGGAGUUGCCAAGUUUAAAGAACAUAAGCAAAGCGCUUAUAGCACGUCAUAGAAAAUACUCAAAACUAGACUUUGAAGACGAACGCCGCAAACAAAAAGAAGAAGGCAUAACAAAAAUAAUUUCCGAUGAAGACAUAGAGAUGGUUGUACCAAAGUUACAAGAGUUGAGGUCUCCAAAAGGUCUCCAGUCAAUAUUUUAG